CCUCAUAAAAUUCAAAUUAGGAUGUAGCUUAGCUUGCGAACAGAUCACUAGGAAUAUUGUUCUGUGCGUAUUAUUUAUAUAAUUUAGGCUGCCUUAUUCGCAGAGGAAGAAUAUUUCAUUAGAAAAUCGUUACACAUUAAACAGUGAAUGUUACACAUAAGGUAGUGAAGAGAUGUUGUUAUCAUAUUAUACCGUUCUUUUUGCAUUUGGGUUGACCGUGUAUGGGAGAGCAUUAUCACUAGAAUGUUCCAGUUGCUCUGGUGUCCAGGACAUGCAAGAAUGCAACACAAGAAGAUCUUGCUCAGAUGGACAGGUUUGUUACACAAAACGGGAAUAUUCUGAAAAAGUUCAAUUUGAACUUGGAUGUGUUGAUAAACAACAUUGUGGUGAGUAUGCCAAAAUACCAAAUGGAACGAUGGGUAUAAACACAGCAGGCGGUCAAACACAGUACUGCUAUGAAUGUUGUUCAACUAAAAACUGUAACAAAAAUCUUUGCAAUCAUGCACACCAUUCUUAUUGUGUGGAUGACAAAUCAUUUGACUGCGCUCUGUUAAACUCUAUGCUCAGUCUCUGCAAGAAUAUUGUGAAAGCAAAGCUAAUCUGCCCAAAAUAUUGCAACCUAUGCCAUGUGGUUGAUGGGAAUUGGUCUCCAUGGACGUCAUGGUCAGGGUGUGACGUCACAUGUGAAAAUGGAACCCGUUCACGUGCCCGUACAUGCACAAAUCCAGCGCCACAAUAUGGCGGUCUUGAUUGUAAUGGAGAUAGUAUUGAAUUUAAAGUUUGUCACAUGCAGCUCUGCCCUGUGCAUGGAGGCUGGAGUGAAUGGGUAGAAUGGAGUUCAUGUCCCGUAACUUGUGGAGUAGGGAUGCAGAGUCGCACCAGGACAUGCACUAACCCUGUUCCAGAUCGUUUCGGGCAAAGCCUUGAAGACAGGUUAUGUAAUCCAGGAGAGUGUACAAGUUUUACGGACUGCUAUGGUAUACUUAAGAAACAUAAAAAUGCUGAAAGCGGGGUGUAUUCAGUAACACUGUGGAGGUCCAAGCAAAGGAUACAAGUAUACUGCUACAUGAACACUGAUAAUGGCGGUUGGACGAUUUUCCAAUAUCGCUUCAAUGGGAGUGUUGAUUUCUACAGAAAUUUUACGGAAUAUGAGAAUGGGUUCGGUGAUUUUGAAACAGAGUUUUGGCUAGGUCUUAAAAGUGUACAGGAAAUGGCAUCUCAGGGUAAAACUGAACUAAGACUGGAUCUAACAGCGGCUGAUGGCACUACUGCUUAUGAAACUUUCCAGAACUUCUACCUUGACGAGGGUUCAAACUAUACUCUCCACAUUGAUCCUGGAAGGGGUACAGCAGGUAAUUAAUUUCGUUUCUUUUGAAUUUACAUUGUCUUGGUGACAGAUGACAUGCUCUUUUGAUGAUUUCCAACACUUCCUGCGUAUAACUACUUUACAAUGGACGAUUAAAAUAAAACAAGAAAUAUAUCUGGUAUGUUCAGAGCAAAACUAUAAAAUAUUUUCUUGAUGGGUAUGGAACUACGGAAUAAAAGUGAUCAUAAAUGAUCAAGACCUGUUAUAAAAUAUUCUUCUAUAAAGGCAAAGUACUUUAAAACUGCACGAACGUAAAAUGUACCCGCCUUGAAACGUAACGUAAUAACUUCUUUCAUGAACACAUUGAACAUGUCGAGCAAGAUGUACGGGUAACCUGUUUUUAAAACUAUUGGAAAGACAUGCACUACAGAAACAAUUUGUUUUUCAUACAUCUAAAAUCAAACUUACAUAUUAAUCCCCCGCCACAAGUGGUGGGGGUUAUAGGAAUGGUCUCCGCCCGUCCUUCCGUCCGUCCUUCCGUCUGUCCGCAACACUUUCGUGUCCGCUCCAUAUUUCCUAAACCCCUUGAAGGAUUUUCAUGACACUUGGGUCAAAUAAUCACCCCAUCAAGACGAUGUGCAGAACUUAUAAGUCAACCAUGCCGGCUCAAGGUCAAUGUCACAACUCAAGGUCAAAGGUUUGAGCUUUCCAUUUUGUGCCCGCUCUAUAUCUCCUAAACCCCUUGAAGGAUUCAUAUGAAACUUGGGUCAAAUGAUCAC